CGUAGGUCUUCCAGGAAAUUUUUCGAUGGAGAUAAUUUCGACCAAAGAAUCAACUGUGUUGAGUAUCUAUAAGCCAACAUCUGUGCUGACUUUAUUGACGUUGGUUGUACUGCAGAUAAAACAUGUAGGAGGAGAUCAUUUAGUGUUAGCUCAAGCGGUUUUCCGCCAUGGAGACAGAAGUCCUACACAUUCUUUUCCGAAAGACAGAUAUCAGGAUCACUGGCCACAGGGACUUGGUCAACUUACAAAGAUAGGAAUGAAUCAAGAAUAUGGACUUGGGAAAUUUUUAAGAAAACAAUACAUACUUGAGGGUACUUAUGAUGCUUUCCUGAGUUCAAAUUAUAGCCAUUCAGAGAUUUAUGUAAGAAGUACAGAUAAAGAUCGUACCCUGAUGAGUGCCUACUGUGUCCUCAGUGGACUAUAUCCUCCCAAUGGUACCGACCAACAGUGGAACCCAGAUCUGAACUGGCAGCCCAUUCCCGUCCACACCAAACCGCUUGACGAAGACUUUCUGCUGAAUAUGAGAGCUCCAUGUCCAAGAUUCACUGAAUUACUAGCUAAAUUUCUGGCAAGUGAAUUCAUAGCCAAUUUCACUGCCCAACAUCAGGAUCUCAUAAACAAAGCUGCAGAAUUGUCUGGACUUCCAGCAACGUUAGUUGGCCUGAUAACUAUUGUGGAUCCCCUGUUCUGUGAGUACACCAAUAACCUGAAUAUGUCUGAAUGGGAGCAGGUCAUACCACUACAUCCCUUACUGACUCAACUCUUGGAUUUCCAAAACUCGUACAUGUUUUACACAGACGAGAUGGCCAAGCUUAGAGGAGGUUCAUUAUUGGGGAAAAUUAUUGGAAAUAUGGAGAGCGCUUUAAACCCUCCAUCUCCAACACAACCUUCUCCAAAGAUUUACCUGUAUUCAGCACAUGACACCACCAUUGUUGCUCUGUUACGAGUGAUGAAUGUAUUCAAUAGUAGGACACCUGGGUAUUCCUCGUGUCUGAUGGUGGAGCUAUGGACGCCAGAAGGACAGGGCAAACCCUAUGUCAAGGUCCUCUACAAAAAUGUGACGGACUCUGACAACCUUGUCGUACUUCACAUACCAGGAUGUGGGAAGAACUGUACAUUAGAAGACUUUACCAAGCUUUUAAAAAACAAUGUACCAAAAGAUAUUCAAGCAGAAUGUAACCCUAGUCUGCAGCAAAAUUCUAAAUCAGACAUCCACGUUGGUAUAGUGGUUCUGGGGUGUUUGGUGGCUCUGUUAGCCCUCGUAGUGACAGCCUUGAUCACCUUCAUCUGCAAGAGACGCCAAACCCUACAGUCAUAUAGACCACUGUCAACAGACGACGACGACUACGCAUGAUGCCCGUCUCAAUAGCAUUACACAACAUUGGAUAAUGAUAAACCUACGAAGUCUAUCUCCAUUGUAGCAUUGGGUAAAGAUGAAUCUGUAUCAAAAACGUUCAUCACAGGGAACUCUGAUGUGAAAAAUGUUUGAAACUUUCAAACAUUAUUUCUUAAAACUGUUGUAUUUACAUCUUCUCUGCAUUGCCAAUGUAUAAACCUUCCAAAAGUCAGCUCUGAGUUACGAUACCAUAUCCCAGGAGUCAUGAUUGUGAUGUCAGUACACUUGUGAUGUCAUAAUCUUAGUAUUUUAGUUUUAUGUUCUUCUGUUACUAAACAUAUACCGCAAUACACAACAGAGACCGGCAAGAUGGCUGUUACAUUACCUGUGCUUUUAUUAUCCAGAAUGCAAUAUUACAAUUUACAACCUUGGAACCAAAUCUGCUCAUAGCAACCACUACAUUGAAAUAUAUGUCACUGCUGUCUUUUGGCUUUUCCAUUUGUUGGAAAUCUACCACAGAUUUGAAGAAAUUCAAAUAUCAGUUAAUUGUCAGAAUCAAUUAAAAAUAACAAAAAAAUAUAGAAUUGCAUUCUGUUUUUAGGUAUUUUCCUGUAAUUCUUAAUAAGAAUCAUUGACAAAAUAUGCAUGAUGGAACUUAAUUAAAUUGUCUGCAGCAUGCACUCUGUUGAGAUUUAUAGGGCAAUAAAUCUGAAAAGAAUGCAAUUUAUUUCUCAAAUAGUCUAAGAAAAUAAUCAUAUUUUACACAGAUACAAAGAUACACAGAUAUUUUGUUGGAAGUACUGUUCAGUUUACAGAGAAAACAAUAGAGAUAUACCUUCCAGGGAUUAUAAAUGGUUAUAAUUAAUUAUUUUUAAAAAACAAUCAUAUCUAUCUGGAAUUGUCCAGAAUACGAGGUAUUUUAUUUUACAACCAUUUCGGGCCGAACAAAGUAGUUGUUAUUUUCAGGUCUCUAAACAUUUUGAAAGGUUAUCAGGAAAUGAUUUUCUUUCUUGAGCUGAAUUUAGUAUUUGCUAAAUGUAAUAUUUAAAUUAUGACAAAGUAACAUGAAAAGACAUCAUCAUGCCUUUGAAGAGACCAUCUGGAAACUUCAUAAGGAGGUUUUCAGAACCACCACUGUCUUACUGGUAUCCUUCUCUGUGCAUUGAUCAUGAAAAAAUUGGUUGAUAAUUACAGAUUUCCCCUAAGGUAAAUCUACCUGUUAAUAUAUUUUUAUCUACAUACAGAUAUUUCAUUGAAUCUAAAUUAAUCAAAUAUCCACUUAUGACUUUGAUAUUAAACAUUUUGUAUCCCUUUAUACAAUGUAUUUUGUUUACAUUUAAUGUAAAGAUACUAAAGUCUGACAAAUCUGUAGUAUGUUAUUUCUCACAGUAUUAGGCUGCUGUCUCAUCGGUCGUUUUAAGGUAAAAGGUACCACUGCAUCGUUUAAAAUUGUAAAGAAGAGUUCAAUUAAUUAUUGUUUUCUUUUUUGCUGGGAAUAACCUCCCUUCUAAGUAAAAGAUGAAGCAACAAGAAGUUUUUUUUUUCUAGCUUAGAGUACCUUCCCUUGUCAAGUUUUUCAUAGACUUUGCGACCCAUAAAUUGAACAGUCAUUUUAAAGCCGUGCUUCUUUAUACACUGAUAAAGAGUAGGUUUCUCACUGCAAAGGCCCUGCAUUUGACCUGUGAGCUUGCUGUUUCCAGUUUUAUAUUUUUUAUUUCUUUUCUCAAACAUUCUUUAUUCAAAUCGCUUCUUUUGAAAAGGACUUAAACAAAUAAAUCACAAUGGGGCUGUUGUAAAAAUAUAGUUUGAAUAGGGUCUUAAGUUUAAUGAUAUGUCAUGGUAUCACAGACUUUCUCUGUCAAGAUGCUGAUAUUUGACAUAUUUUGUAAAAUACCCAUUUGUCUUUCUUCUGUUGUACAACACAUAUACAUGACAAUGUAAUGUACUAUUGAUACUUACUGUUACCAGAGACGUAUGUACAGGUAACAGCAGAGACAUAUUAUGUAGUAUAUUUGAAUAAUGCAUGGUUGACUUGUUGAAAAAACAGUGUUUAGUUUUUAAAACACGAUAAUAUCAAUUCCAUUGUUGUCAUGCUUUAUAUUUGCUGAUCUUGGGUAUGUUUAUAUUGAAAUGUAUGUACCGGUACAGAUGUUAAGUGCCUUGAAAUAUUUAAACUUGUGUCAAUAUUUUCUUAACUGUUAUUCGGAUCUUUAAACUUCAAUGAGGACAUUGUGUUAAAUUGUUAAUAGAAUCAUGUCUACAACUUUAGUUAGGUAUUGACAAAAUGGAUUUGUUUUUUGUCUAUUGCCAUAUAUUGCAACUUGGACAAGAAUGUCCAGAAAUUAUGCUUCAAGUUAGUCACAUGAUGACCCUCUAGAUUUCUAUAAAGGGCAAUCAAAAUUGCAUUAUGUAACAAUAAGGAAAUGCUUACCAGGUAUGUUCAUGGCUUAAAAUAAAAACAAUAUUUUUUUCACUAAGGUCAUCUGAAAUUGAGAAAACCCUGAAUAGUCGAUUGUAAGUGGAUCUAGGUAAUGAGAGUUGUCUCCCCUAAAACCAGUUAAAAAGUUGAAAAACAAUUAAUUUAUUGACUGUCUCAAUCAUUCAAGUAUUUUAAUGACAGUGACUUUCAACAAAUGUGAAACCAUUUGGUCAUACAACCAGAAUGCAGCUGGAUAAAAGUCAAAUAAUCAGUAGUAGAGACUCAAAAGGCAAAUAAAAACACUUUCAAGUGUUUAUAAGGUCUUCUUAGAUCUUCACAGAAUAAGGAUGAUGCAAAUUUUUAGGAAUAAUAUAUUAUAUUCCUCAAUCUGAUCAAAAUUUGGACCAUAUACUGUAUAACAUUCCUCUAGGAUACUCUUCAGUAGCUAAAUAGGUUCAUGUCUUGUUAAGUGCAUCGAGUCUGUAUAGUCAUGGCCGCUAGUAGAAAUACACUGUCUUAAUUAAAUUGUAUUGGCAAGUUCACAGCCUUAAACAUUCCUCGUCAUGUUUUGUUAUUUGUGUGUACUACAGUGUUGUAUAUUUGAAUAUGACAUACUAUAUUUAUCGUGCAAUAAGCCCAAAGAUCCGGAGCCAACACAUUCUCCGACUCUGUGAUAUGAUAUGGCCUUAUUACUUCAGUGGCUGACUUGUGCCAUUUCACUGUUUCGCCACAAAAAGCCCAGAUAUAGUAACUUUAAAUUCUUGUAGUUUCAUCUUUUCUGGGCGAGAAAACAAAAGAAUGAAAAUUAAGAUUUGUUCAUUCUCAUCUUGUCAAAUGAGAAUUAAGGUUUGUUGAUUUUUUGUCCGAUAGGGAUGAAAAGAUGAAAACAACAAGAAUGUAGGUGUGUUAAUUCUCGCCUCUUUGAAGCAAAAAGACCAAACAACGAAAUUGCAUAUAUCAGCCACUGUAUAUUGCAGGACAACAAAUUAGCAUUUUAUGUAUGUUGACUUUUUGCAAUGAACUAUAUUAGAAUUGGAUGAGGUUGUUACCAGGCAUAGGCUUAUAGACAGAUAAAUAUGAUACUGUAAUGUUUUUAUUUGUAAAUUAUGGUGAAAUAUUAUUCUAUGAUCAUGCUUACUGAAAAAGGAGAAAUCUUUGUCCAUUCAAUUACAUAUUGAGAUUAUCUACUCUAUAUAGGAUUAAUGAAAUGGUAUUUAUUGAUUGACAUGUAUAUGGGGUACAGAUAUUUUGGUACUUAGUGGUUUUGGUAUCAAGAUGUUUCAGUAAUUGCGUAAGAUGUUUCCAUAUUUCCUACGAUUUUCAGCACUUGGACCAACAUUUCAUUACUUUGUACUUUGUUUGCUUUUUGUGUUCUGUAUUUUCUGAUUUUAUAUUUAAAGAUUCUUUUCAUCUUAACAAAAAAACUGAAAUAAAAACAUCUUAUACAUACUUUGGUACCAAAACUAUCGGGUACCAAAAUAUCUUUGAUUCUAUAUGUACUAUACAAUCACCUUGAAACAGGCAGUGUUUCUGGUGUUAGGAGGGGCUGGAUUUUCAUACAUCGUCGGUAUAUAAAAUGCUGUAAACAUAAAAGUUGAUCUUGCUUAUCUUAAAGUAUAUCCAGAUAUGUUAUUUUUGAUGCAGCAACAUAAUCAUUGAAUGGUUUUUGCAUUUACAGUGUCAUUUUUCAUGAUUAAAUUCUGAAGCAUUUUGGAAGGAUUUGAAUUUUCUACCACUUCAAAUUGUUUGCUUUUUUUUUUUUAAUAAAUUUUGUUUGAUUUUAAAAAAAAUCAACGUUUUUAUUCUUGGAAAUAACCAUGAAAAUGAAUAUCCACCAAAAAAUAUGUAAUCUAAAGUUUAUGUGCUUUCAAUAGAAAUGCAAAUUCAGUUUUCAUAAAAAAACAUUAGACUUAAGUGAGUAUAAAUUUUUAAUCUUUCCAAAUUUUGUCCACCUCGUUCACAAAAUGUUAAUUUGUAUUUACUUUUUACCGCAGUACCGGACUUGUAUUCGGGUUUAAGCGUUAAAAGAGUUUCGUGAAAAUGUACCUCGGCCCAAUAAUAUGCCACCUUAUUUGGUUUUUACAACACAAAGUAUACCCGAGUUAUAAGAUUAUUUUAAAAUUCAAGUGGACAAUAAAAUGUAUAUUUAUA